AUGACACUGCCAACAGUUCCUGGGAGAGAAGAUCCAAUCCACAAAUCAGCUAUUAAGCCAACAUCAGACCCGGCGCAUGGCGCUGCAUUCAUCUUCAUCCAUGGCCUCGGCGACGAUGCGGAAGGCUUGGAGAAUAUUGCCGAUCAAUUUCAGAACAAUGGCAAGUUAUCCUACAUGAACUGGAUCAUACCGAAUGCCAUGGAAGACCGUGACGCAAUGCAGACUGCAUGGUAUCGUCCGACGCCUCUCACCCCGUUUGCUUCCAGCAGACCUGAGCUUGAUGAGCCCGAGGAUGAAGACGGAAUCCUGAAAAGCAUGGCCUACAUUGAGACGCUCAUCGAUGCUUGUGUGAACAAGGGGAUCCCGCCGCAGCGCAUAGUGCUGGGCGGCUUCAGCCAAGGUUGCGCCCUGAGUCUAAUAACUGACCUCGUAUCAAAGAAAUACAGCGGCCGCAUGGCUGGGGUUGUGGGCCUCUGUGGGUACCUGCCGUUGGCGGAAGGGCAUCGACUACAUGACCUGAGGGCAAUAGCCGGACUACCGCCAACGCACGGAGAGGUGCCGGUCUUCCUCGCUCGGGGCCAGAAAGACAUGCUUGUCCCGAGACGGGUGUGGACCAUGACGCUGAAAGGCUUGGAGAGGCUUGGAGUGACCGCGGUGGAAGAGCACGAGUACGAGGGCUUGGGUCAUUCCAUCAGCGGGCCCAUGAUGAGGGAUAUGUGUAAGUUCUUAGAGCAGGUAGUCCCGAAGCUCGAAGAUUGA